UCCCAUACCUCCCAUACCUCCCAUGCCUCCACAAUCUCCAAACCCUCCCCCAUAGCCCCCGCCAUAACCCAUACCACCCAGGCCCCCACCCAUGCCCAUACCACCCAGGCCCCCACCCAUGCCCAUACCACCUAGACCUCCCAUCCCCAUCCCCAUGCCGCCCAUGCCCAUGCCGUCCAUCGGGUACAUGCCCCCCAUACCCCCAACUCUUCUAUACCCUCGUGCACCAAACCUCGGUCCUCCCAGAACACUUGAUCCCAUACCAGCAUUCAUAGACCGCCGGGGCAAAGUUGACCGCGGGUAGACGGCUGGUCGCGUGCCGAGGAACGGACGAGGCCGCAUAAUCAUAUCAUCGUGGAAGCUUGAGCGAGGGCCGAUGGGGAGACACAUAGUUGUUUGAUGCUGUGUCAGAUGGAGGAGCUCAGUAAGUGCAUGUGUCACAUGAUAGUGAGACAAGCGUAUGUAGAUAGUGCGGUUUCUUGAUGGAGGGUGGACGAGAGAUUUUAGAUCGGAUGAGAUUGGUAAGUUGAUAAUGGGGAAUGUAUAUACUCGAGCACUUUUGUGAGUCGAUGAUUCAUGACAUAACCGGUUCCAACCCUCAUAAGUAGUGCUUAUGGCCUCACGGCGGCUUCUAACACGGGGAUUGCUGGACCUUGGUGGGAUUUGGAUGAGGUUACUCGUGAGACUGCUGGCUUCCGUGCCAUUCGCCAGUGUCCCUUAUAUGGGCAAGUGAUGCCGGCGCAUCUUUAUUGUAUAGCUUUUCGAGCCUCAAAACCCAUGAUGCUAAUGUAUAUAAGCAUAUAAUUCAGGGUUUUGGAGCCGUUGCCAAACUGCCCGUACGCAGCAUGACGUACGGUCGUAGCCCGGAACCUAACCAAUGAUUAGUGCAACUUUGACAACAUCAUGAUAUCAUCGUGCUUAGAGCUCGCCCACGAUCAUGCUACCCCCCUUACAAUAAAGCAAGGAUCGUGUGGACGUUACGUACUGGUGAUUUUUAUCUCUUCGCACUCACUCUGGAAUAAUAUAUUCCUCUAAAAAACAAACCUUUUAUUCAAUUAACUAGCUACGAGAUCGCCUGGCUUGUUAAUAUUCGAGGUUUACCCCAAGUUGAUAAACAUAUAAUACACUGGAGAAUUGAGAAUCUCUUCUACAAUGAAUAGAGCACUCUCCAUUCGCUCCGGCGGGAACAAGAACCAGGGCGGCUCCUCACAAGGGGGCUCGCGCCAUGGUUUCACCUUCUCCAGCCUGCGGGGAGCCGGCCAACCUGAGCUGUCCAAGAAGCUCUUCCGCCUCAUCAAGACCCAGAACAACCUCAUCGGCGCCUACGAAGCCGCCGGCAAAGAGCGCCUCUCCGUUGGCACACAGCUCUCCGACUGGGGCGAGCAGACCGGAGAUGAUGCCGUCUCCGAACUUUCCGACAAGGUUGGUGUGCUGCUCAGCGAGCUGGGCGAGCAGGAGGACGUCUAUGCGCACAACUUGGACGAUGCCAGGUCUGUUUUGAAGACGAUCCGAAACACGGAGAAGAGCGUCCAGCCAAGCAGGGACAACAGACAGAAGAUCCAGGAUGAGAUCCACAAGCUCAAGAUGAAGGAGCCAGAGAACACGCGACUGGUGGUUUUGGAGCAGGAGCUGGUUAGGGCAGAGGCGGAGAACCUGGUGGCCGAGGCCCAACUUACCAAUAUCACUCGCCAAAAGCUCAAGGAGGCCUACGCCGCCGAGUUCGCCGCCACCAUCGAGCGCGCAGAGAAGCAGAUCAUUCUCGCCCGCCACGGCCGUCGCAUGUUGAACCUCCUCGAUGACACCCCAGUCAUCCCAGGCGACACUCGCCCGCAGUUCGAGCACGGCAACCAAGCUCGACAGAUCCUCAACGACGCCGAGGAGGACCUGCGCGACUGGCGCCUUGAGGCCGACGAUGUUCCCAUUUCAAGCCAGAUUGAUUCGAACCUGAUGCCCACCAGUGGAAGAGUCGGUGCUGAUACCAGCUAUGAUGACGAGGAAACAUUGCAGACAAUCCCAUCGACCAGUGAGAGCGGAACCCAAGGCGGCAACUAUGAGACCCAGAGCCGAACCCAAGGGGGCAACUAUGAGAUCCAGAGCCGAACCCAAGACGGCAACUAUGAGACCCAGAGCCGAAGCGAAGGAGGCACCUACCUUCCCCACGGCACGAUAAUGGCGGGGGGAGGAGGAAGCUCGAGCCGCGCAACGAACGGGCAAGGCGGAGCUUCAAAGCCGAGGGCGACCUUUGGUGAGGAUGUUGACACCCCUAAUGUGACUAGAGAGAGAGCUGAGGUGGUUUGAAUUUCAUCAAUAAUGGGCGGCUGUGGGGAGUCGGACUCGUUGCUUACGACCAUAUCACGAAUGGUUUUAAUUAUUGUGCUGCUGUUCCGUAGAGAUAGUCUUUCUAGUAAGAAAUAGUAUAUUAUAAAACGAUCCAAGUUCAAAAUCCCAUUGUUGAAGCCAUCCAACUUCAGUCCAAAUUCAGCAUCACUGCGUGUAUCGCAUCACGUGAUUUAUACAGGUGUGUUCGCGGUUACAGCAUGCCUGUUGUGACGCGAGCUCUCGCCUGCCUAAGCUCC